CAUGACGCAUAAAUACGGGCAACCACGCUCGGGUAUCAUAUUGAGCCAGCAGAGUACGGGAUAUAAUCAUGAAAUAUUCAUUCGCCACAAUUGUACUUGGAAUGGUGUUUAUACACUGUUGUAAAGCAGCUGUAAGUGACACAACUUGUACGCCAACCGGAACAGAAUGUGACGCCAUAGAUAACUCACAUUGUGACACUGACAAAUGUAAAUGUAAUUAUGGCUUUGUCAUGAAUGUAGAUGUUUGUGCCGCAGAUACUUCCGGGAAAGUGACAGAUACAGGCUGUACAAAAGAUGCUGCAGCCCAGUGUAAGCAUACUACAAAUGCAGAAUGUGACAAUGCUGAAACCGGUGCUAAAUGUAAAUGCUCUGAUGGAUAUGCAGAAGAUAUAACGAAUGGCAAAACUUGUGUGAAAACCGUUAGCGGAACAACAUGUACCGCAGCUGGAACAGAAUGUGGCGGCAUUGAUAACUCACAUUGUGACACUGACAAAUGUAAAUGUAAUGAUGGUUAUGUGAUGAAUGUCGACGUUUGUGCCGCAGAUACUUCCGGGAAAGUGACUGAUACAGGCUGUACAAAAGAUGGUACAGACCAGUGUAAGCAUACUCCGAAUGCAGAAUGUGACAAUGCUGAAACCGGUGCUAAAUGCAAAUGUUCUGAUGGAUAUGCAGAAGAUAGAACGAAUGGCAAAACUUGUAUGCAAACCGUUAGCGGAACAACAUGUACCGCAGCUGGAACAGAAUGUGGCGGCAUUGAUAACUCACAUUGUGACACUGACAAAUGUAAAUGUAAUGAUGGUUAUGUGAUGAAUGUUGAAGUGUGUACCGCAGAAAAUGCAGCUACACAUGUUCAGUUUGGAGUUCUGACAUUAUAUCUCAGUUUUGGUUUGGCCAUGGCGCAGAAACUUUUCUGAUUGAGAAUCUGGAAUAGAGCUUCAUCUUUUUGCGAUUGACACCUUUUCUCUAUAAUUUAUUCCUCUCUAUAAAAGUGUGAUAUGGCGAUAUGUGGCCAAGGAACUACUAAACUUUUCAUUUUACAAAAAAAAGUGUUUAAAUAUUCAAAAUAAAGUAACGACUGUUUAAUUCUUGAUUGAAAUUAUAUGGUUAUAUAUAUGAACAUGUUUUGCUUUUUGAUUAGCAAAACAUAAUUUUUCGUAUAAUUAUAAAUUAUGUUAAAUGUUAUCUUAGCGAAAUGGGCUAUUAAUCGGUAAAAUAGUAUUUAAUAUUGAUUACUCAACUGUAUAAUUAAAGUUUGUUGGCCUGAAGAUAAUCUUUGUUGAUGUAACGAAACAUUUACACAAGUAAACACAAUUUACCUACAGUUUCAACAGCGGUGUUUGCAUUGUAAUAGAAUGGACAUAAAAUGGUGUAACUAAAAGUUAAAUGCAUUUAGAUUUACUUUAGUUUUCCAAUCAUUAUCACGAAGUUCCUUUGAAAACAAAACAGGAAAAUGUUAACAAAAUAUAAUUACCGACGAAAGCCAAAUGACUAUAUACUACCAAAUGUUUCAUUCGAGAAUUUAAUUAUCUGAAAAUGCAGGAUAACCAAUUAAUAUACAUGUAAACACAUUUACAACUCCAAAUGAAGCAUUUUUGAAUUAUAUUGAUAAUAUUCCUAUAAUAUAAAGACAUCUGAUGAAUAUAUAAAAUUGGAUUCUAUAUUUAUAAAAAUGUAUAAGAAAGACUUGUGAACUAAAUAAACAGUUGUUAU